AUGCGAAGUUUAAGCCGCUCGUCACUCUUUUCCAAGAAAUCUAAAAGUAGCCUGAAGAGUGGAAAAGAUAGCUUUGAGGAGCAGGCUGCUCAACACUCCCGAAAAUGGAGUACCUCGAGCACCGCCUCACAGGCAUCAUCGACAGCCUCACACGAUAGGCGUUAUGAUCCGCUUUCCUUACACCCACCUCUAAGUCUAAACACCUCACCACACAUGAUUCCAGAAUUCGACGAGGUUAGGGACCGGGAGGAAGACGAGCGGGAGGAAGACGAGCGGGAGCACCGCUUCUUCGACCAAACUCAGCACGCUGAGGACCAUCUACAGGACUCGGCCGAGUAUUCACCCAUCAAGAGCCGCAACUGUUACCUCAGACGGUCGUCAACAGCACGACCAUACGUCUAUGACCAGGACGGGCAAUGGCCCCUGAAAGACUGGCAGGCGAUCCCUCCCGGCCUAGCCGAGCUAGACUCUUCGGCUUCGUCGGCACGUAGCCAACCCACGAAUCAUCGUCGGCCUACCAACUGGAUGAAGGAGAGCGACGCAAUGCUGAAAAGGGGUGACUGGAAACGAAGAGGAAUAGUCUUCCACCUCGACGAAGAAAACGUUCGGGAACAGGAGCAGCAUUUCGAGCUACCUGAAUGUUAG